CCCAAUGUGUCGACGAAACUCAAAAUAGAAUAGCAUAGGCCUAGCUCUACUAUUACUAAGUGAAGACUGCGAUUGGAUAUAUUAUUAUGUCAUAAAUAAGCUAAAAAUUAAUCACAUUAUGAUAAUUUAAAACGUGCACGCACCACAAUAGCAAAAUCGCUCAGACUAUCAAUACUAUCGGUAGUUUGAUCAGGGCAUUUGUUGCCCAAUCGCUCAGACUAUCAAUACUAUCGGUAGUUUGAUCAGGGCAUUUGUUGCCCAGUGCACCAAUUUGGUCCACCAACUGCCCACCACCCAACCAAUUCAUCCAAAGGCAAAACUGGUGAACCAAGAUUUCAGGGAAUCAGCCAGAGCAGUGGUUACUGAGAUUGGUCACUAUGCAGAAAUGCUUCAUGAUGCACCACCACAUAUAAAAGAUCAGUGUUUGAAACUUAUGUCAAGAAGAGGCUUGGUUACGGAUGAAAAUAUAGAAAUGGUUGUGCAUAAAAGAUUAAAAACACUUGAACUGAAUCUUUGUGAAAAUAUAACAGACAAUGGUUUAUACAAGUUAAAGAAAGCGUGUCCUUAUUUGUGUAAAAUAGAUCUUAAUUGUACUGCUACAGAAAUUCGAUCAGCUAUCACCUCUGAAGGUAUAAGAAGUUUAGCUCAGUCUUGUCCACAUCUGCAGAUAGUGUUUUUGAGAAAGUGUGAUAAUAUAACAGAUGAUGGUGUUAUCGCUUUAACAACAAAUUGUCGACAUUUACAACACUUGAAUUUACGAGGCUGUACGCAACUGACUGAUAGAUCAAUGAUAACUAUUGCAGAUAAUCUAUCAUUUUUAUCAUCUUUAAAUGUAUCGAUGACUCAGAUAACAGAUGAAGGUGUUUACAGAUUAGUUAGUGGUGACUGUAAAAACACAUUAAAGGAAUUAGAUAUAAGUAGUUGUAUAGAAUUAACAGAUGAAGCUGUAGAAGGUGUUACUCAGUGCUGUAAACAAAUUUCUAUAUUAAUAUUCCAUGGUUGCCCUAAAAUGACAGAACAAGCAAGAAUAGCAUUAGAAGAAUUAGCACAUAGACAGGGAACCAAGAUAAAACAACUGACCUUUACGGUUUAUUAGAAACUUUAUGAACAGAAACUGUUUUAUGUGCCCACAUUUCAGUGUGGGCAUAUUAUAUGUUGUCUCCCUAUCUCGUUAUGAACGUGAUAGAGGCCGCAAUUUUUAAUGGCUUAUUUUCAAAUUUGGUGUGAAGCAUUCAUGAGAGAAUGAACCCUGGUAAUUUUCCAUAUUCCUACACAGAUAAGAAACAAAAUUAAAGAGAGGUACUUCCUGUCACCCUAUGGCGAUAUUAACAUAUUGGAUAAUCAUGGAUAUAAAGCUUUACAAUUGUUUUUGUGUGAUCUUCUUGAUUGAUUGGCAUAUAUGUGCGGAAUCGGCUUGAACAGUUGUAAUUGGUUCUUAUCACAGUUGUAAUUGGUUUUUUUAUCACAAUUGUAAUGAAAUGUACAAAGUUUCUGUAUUGUGGUAAAUCAUUGUGGACAUUCAUAGACAAAAUUCGCAAUGGUGUGACAGGAUGGUUUUUCGGCAUAAAGUUAUGUAUUCAGAAUGUGGUCACAUUGUAAUUUAUGUUACACAAAGAACUGUAUUUUAUAUACUAUGGUCCAACUGUUAAAACAGCGUAAAUUCCCUCUCAUUGAGAACCGUUAAUUGUUUUGUUGGAUAGUACCUCACUUUCAACGGUCAGCACAUAUAAUAUUAAGGCCCCUUUGUUUAAUUUAACCUAUUUUCUUGAUGGUGAUUACAUGUAUAUUAGUGUUUUUUCUAAAUGUAUGCUAUAAAUCAAUUGAUGUAUUGUUGUGAACAAUAAUUGUACAUAGGCAUAUUUAUUAAGGAGAAUUUGUAUUUGUUUGUUAAUGAAUUUCAUAUUUAUUUUCUGUUGACCUAUUUUCUUUUUUCAUAAACUGAAAGUAGAUUUAGUGCUGUUAGACAGUUAGUAUUGUAUUAUAUUUUAAGAUAAUGUUUAUUAAAAGUAUUUAUUAUAAAGACAUUUUACAUGCAUUGCCAUUUGUUAAGUAAUUAUGAGGACGAAUAUAUCUUUAGAACAUACUCUCCUAACAAUGACACCUUUCACGUAACAUUACUAAACGUCGGUUAUUUUGCAUUAAAAUGGAGUAGUCUCCCCUGCAUUAUUCUGUCCAAAAUAAUUUCUGAAUGGCUGAUCACAAUCCAAUUGCAGAUUAUGUUUUUUUACAAUUUUAAGAAUUUGCACAUUAGAGUGCUGGCAUUUUUCAUCUUGUAGUUCACAUGCAUAUUAUGUAUUAAAGAAUUAGGUAGUGAA